CGAUUUCCACAGCCGAUUUACCCAAAAAGUGUGACAUGAAGGAUGAAGGGGACCUUCCACAGGAGGACACAGCAAAAGAUGAAGGUAAUGAAACUGAAGGCAGCAGGAUGAACAAGUUGAGAAGGACAAGGAAAAGAGUCACCAAGCCACAUCUUUGCCCAGCGGAUGGGGGAGAAAUCACCACGGCCAGUUUCAACGACAACACCAGGGACAGUGCUCAGAUUACGACCCCGCCUCAACUUUCUUCGAGAAUGAAACAUAUUAAACAAGAAAUGGCCAAAAAUCACCUCCAGUUUGUACGCUUUGAAGCAACGGACUUGCACGGCGUCUCCAGAUCAAAGAGCAUCCCCGCACAGUUUUUUCAAGAAAAAGUGGUCCACGGUGUUUUCAUGCCCCGUGGUUAUCUGGAACUGAUGCCGAGCCCUAAGGACAAUGAGGUGAACCACAUAAGAGCCACGUGCUUCAAUAGUGACAUCGUCCUCCUGCCAGAGCUGUCGACCUUCAGAGUCUUGCCAUGGGCAGAGAGGACCGCUCGGGUGAUCUGUGACACCUUCACAGUGAUGGGCGAGCCUCUGCUGACUUCCCCCAGGUACAUCGCCAAGAGGCAGUUGCGCCAGCUGCAGGAUGCCGGCUUCUCCCUGCUGUCUGCCUUCAUCUAUGAUUUCUGUAUUUUUGGUGUGCCCGAAGUGAUUAAUUCUAAGGCCAUAUCCUUUCCUGCUUCGACAUUACUGAGUAACCAUGAUCAGCCCUUCAUGCAGGAGCUGGUUGACGGCCUUUAUCACACCGGGGCCAAUGUGGAGAGCUUCUCAUCUUCUACCAGACCUGGGCAGAUGGAGAUCUGUUUUCUCCCUGAAUUUGGCAUUAGCUCAGCCGAUAAUGCAUUUACCCUCAGAGCGGGUGUCAAGGAAGUGGCCAGGAGGUAUAACUAUGUAACGAGCCUUGUGAUGGAGACCGGAUUCUGCAAUUCAGGAAUUUUAUCUCACAGUGUCUGGGAUGUCGGCGGAAAGACAAACAUGUUCUGCAGUGCUUCCGGGGUGGAGCGGCUCACACUCACGGGGAAGAAGUGGUUGGCGGGUCUCCUGAAGCAUUCCGCUGCUCUCAGCUGCCUGAUGGCCCCUGCUGUCAGCUGCCGUAAGCGUUACUGCAAGGACAGCAGAGACCUGAAGGACAGUGUGCCCACCACGUGGGGGUACAACGACAACAGCUGUGCCUUGAACAUUAAGUGUCACGGUGAAAAAGGCACCCAGAUAGAAAAUAAACUAGGUUCAGCCACCGCCAACCCUUACCUGGUGUUGGCCGCCACUGUGGCUGCAGGCAUGGAUGGACUUCAGAGCAGUGAUAGUGCUAGUUCCGAUGAGAGCCAGGAUCUCUAUCAACCAGAACCUUCGGAGAUCCCUUUGAAGAUGGAAGAUGCCCUCACGGCCCUGGAGCAAGACCAGUGUCUCAAGCAGGCCCUGGGAGAGACUUUCAUUCGCUAUUUUGUUGCCAUGAAGAAGUACGAAUUGGAAAAUGAAGAAGCAGAUGCAGAGGGAAAUAAAUUCCUGGAGUAUUUUAUAUAGGAUGGGACUCUUGGCUUUAGAGAUGACAUUGU